AUGAAUACAGAUCAACAAGAACAAGAUAAUCUUAUGAAAGAAAUAAAUGUUAAUAAUUCUCAAUCAGAAGAAAUUUCCUCUAAUACCUCUAACACUAAUAGGAAUGAGAAAACAAAUAACUCAACAUCAAUAGAAAAAGAUUUAGAUAGUCCAAUUAAUAAAGAUAUUAGUGAUGCUAGCAACAAAAUCAUAUUUUGGAGAUGGAACAACCUAUUUCACUAA